AUGUCAUCGCCUCCAAGCAUGUCUACAAUCACUACAGUUUCUCGAGCUUCGACCUCAGGGGCACGUCUACUCCCACCGAGUCCCGACAAGAGAGACGAACCUGACAAUCAAACCCACAAAGCAUUGUCGAGGACGGACAAGCAGGAGGAGCUAAGCCGAGCCAUCGAAAGGAUCAAGACAUUUCUUACAGCGCCCGACGGGGACAAUCUAAAACUUCAACUUGGUCACGGGCUGAUAUAUUCUAAGAAGCUAACCCAGCCUCUUGACGAGGCCAGGGCGAGAUACUACUACGAGGGAGACACCUUGGUUGUUAAAGGCAUGAAACCGGUCCAUGAAAGCCUCUCCGAAUUUGCGUCCUAUGUUUAUGGUCAACUAGUGAAAGAAGUUUUCACUCCAGAAGAAUGCGAAUACGUCGGGAUGAAUACUGCCCCAGUUCAACUCUAUGGCAAGAUAGAAGGCUACGGCAAAAAACGCCAGUCAUUUUCCAAGAUUCCUGACGAAGCAUAUGUCGUAACAGACCCACGAACGUCUAUGAGAUUCCGCACUGUUGCUUUUGAGGCAGCUUUCUCCGAGACAUAUGACGACCUCAUCCGAGAUAUGCGACAAUGGCUACUACACAGCGACGGGCAAGUACAGCUCGUUGUAUUGGCAAACAUCAAAGAGGAUAAAAAAGCACUUGCAAUGCAGCAAAAGAGUGAUGCCUUCAGGGAUCGUGCGGCUAGGCUUCUGGAGGAAUUUGGAAAUUCUCUCGGAAGAAUCAAUCACGCUGAUAUCUUAGAGCGGCUGACGGAGGCAUGUGCCCAACAAGAGAGUCAGACUACGGAGAUUUACGAGAGACGACCUCAUGUAGGAGGGAUCCGCGAUCGAAUCAGUCGCCAUGUACAACCCAGCGAUUGGGUCGGUCCAAUCACUGCUGAACUUGAGUUCUGGCAGAUGGCGGGUUCUGAACCUCAAAGACGGGGACAAAGAGUCCGUGUGUUUCCUGGACCUGUAAUUGGAGAUCUACCUCCUCUCUAUAUUGGUGAUGUGAUUCACCCAGACUGUCGUGGCAGCUUUUCGAACUUUGAUGCGUCUCGGAAGCUCAUCCCAGACCCUGAGAAGUUCGUGAGAGCAUUGACUGGGGGAAUCAGUGAACUCGCUCAUAGUCGCAUGCUUUAUUUUGCACGCCCGAAGGAUAGUGAUGAAGAAGACGAGGACUACAAGGAGUAG